CUUCGCAUGUUGGUCUCGGUGGAAAUUUCACUCGUGAUUGGACUUCCGACAUGUAGGACUUGUGCUGAAUCAGUUUGUUCGGUCAUCGCGUCGAUUCAAGUGAUACAAGCUGGCUGAUAAGAAAAAACUUACAUACAGAUUACUCUCUUCAAAAGUUGCCCCCGCCACAAAUGUCAUCUGUGAGUUUCUGCGAAAACCAGAUUCAACGACGCCGUGGCGCUUGUGAAGAGGAUUUCUACGAGAUGACCCGCUUUGGACCUAGCUAUCGUUCUCAUUGUUCUCGGAUUUUGAUCUAGCCUACCUUGUCGAAGGCGAGACCUUCUAGCAGUGAUUGUUUCGAAUGCCGAUUCCGUGUUAUUUGAGCCUCGAUUUGGGCACAAGUUUAGACGUUUGUGGAAGGUCUUUGAUGUAAGGAAGCUUUGAGAGUUAAAGAUGUUCGGAAGCAUUAGAUAUUGAGGCAUUUAGCAUCUAACAGGAUUAAGGACGUUAGGGAUACGUUUUAGAAAAUAUGCCCGCGGCGAUCUUGCCUGUGGACGUCGAAGGUAUCCCACAGGACAACAGUGCUGCAGCAGCUUGUCCAAGCAUCAGAGAUGCCGAUCAAGAGAAUGAGCCAGAGGCGAAAGAGCAGAAGAAGAGUUGGAAAAUCCCAAAGAUUUCGAAGAAGGGUCGGAGAGCAAUGGCAGCUUUCGUCGUCUUCGUAGUUGCUGCUGUGUAUGUAGGAUGUUUUGUCGGCUUCAGGAUGUCCCGCAGCAACAACAAUUCAAUCUUUGUUAAUUCAAAUGACAUCUGCAAUAACACCCUGUAUCCAAGCGCAUGCAACGACACACUUUUUGGAUCAGACACGACAAAUUCGCGAGUUGUUGCUUCAAAAUCCGUGAAAGCCUCUCUUAAAUCCACAAAUGAAACAUAUCUUAACCUUACGCGGUGUCGAGACUCAUGGCCAUCAUCCAGAAUUGGGAUCCAGUACUCGACUUUGGAAAUGUGUGUGGAGAUGUAUCAAGAAACGCUUGACGCAACGAGAAGAUGUUUGCAUGCUGUGGAUUCGUCGGAGGUCACGCAAGUGGGUGAUCUGGAACAAGCUCUUAGCGCUGCCUUGACCUAUCACUUCACCUGCGUGGAUGGCUUGCGAGAGCGGAAAGUUUCAUGUGAAGUCAAUAUCGACCGGAACACAGAACUUCUGUCAAAUGCACUGUCGCUGCUUCAGCGUCUGAAUAGUUCGAACGCAAAAGGCACCCCGCUUCCCCGACGACGCCUUCUAGCAGCUCCGGAAGGGCUGACUAGAGCUUCGAAAUUGUCGCCUGAUGAGCGAACGAGAAUAUAUGAAAUGGACGACGACAAUCAUGAUGUCUUUCCAACCUGGUUGAGCAAGAAAGACCGACAGCUACUCACCAGCACCAGCAGCGUCACGCCGGACUCAGUAGUCGCUCUCGAUGGUUCUGGUAAUCACAAAUCAAUUCAAACCGCGAUCGAUGAAGCUCCGACUAAUUCAAGCAAGAGAUAUGUAAUACGCAUAAAGGCAGGAAUCUAUGUUGAGCAAGUGAAAGUGCCAAGGGACAAAACAAACGUGACACUUUUGGGCGACGGCGCUGGAAUGACCAUCAUCACUGGAAACAGAAGCGUCGCGGUUGAUCAGACGUCAACGAUAUUCACAGCGACAGUUACUGUUCUUGGUAAUGGAUUCGUUGCCAAGGCCCUUACUAUCCGGAACACUGCCGAACCCAGUGGUGAACAAGCCGUGGCGCUUCGAGUGACCUCGCAUCAGUCAGCAUUCGCAUACGUCUUCAUUGAAGGUUACCAGAACGCACUCUACGCACACGUCAAUUGGCAAUUUUACACUUCUUGCACGAUUGUUGGCACCGUCGACCUCGUAUUUGGGAGCGCAGCCGCGGUGUUCCAGCAGUGCACCCUGCAAGCAAAACCCCCCAAUCCUGAUGAUAUGAUCACCUUCACCGCAAGCGACAUCGCCUCGCCUUUGGUUCAGCAAUUCGCGGGGCUCGUCUUCGAAGCAUGUGCGAUCGAUGCUGCAUCAGAUUCGGUCGAAGCUGGAACUGCUUAUUUAGGGCGACCGAGGCACCAGUAUGCAAGGACAAUGUACAUCAAAUCGAGCUUAGGCAAAGUGGUGACCGCCGAAGGAUGGACGUUGUGGAAUGCACAGAUAUCUUCAAUGCUUCACGUCGACUAUGGCGAGUAUGCUAAUUUUGGUGCAGGUUCGGAUGCCAAACUUCGAGUCCCGUGGAGCAGGAUUCUGUACCCCGAACAAGCCAAAAAGUUCGGCGUGGACGAAUUCCUUCAAGGACGUCGGUGGUUACCAAAUCUCGACAUCGCAUACACGGGCUCAAUCUAGAAUCUAGAAACGUAGAGAACUUAUAUGGUAGGAUCCCAAGUGCGGAUCAACGCAAUUGCUUGUACAUACAAUUAUCAUACGAUAGGAGCUUCUCAUCGCACAAUGUUAGAAUCUGCGGACAAUGUGACAGCAUAAGACAGCGCAGAUGGAGGCACUGGUCUCUCCGAAGUUAGCGAUGGCUUGCCAUUGGUCAUCCUGUUGGACAGAGCCAUGCGAGAAACUCUCCCCGCCCCCAUGAUUUCCUGAUCAUCCGGAAUGGGUGCUCUGCGGAGUGCGGUGUUUCAGGAUGUGAUGCCAUUCGCCGUGGCGGAGGAUGCCGCGGCGCUGGGGGCGGAGCCAGAUCUGUCGGUAAAGCUGCCUGUUAUAAGGUUAGGCGGAGGUAGAUGGCGCCAUCAAACAAUCAAACAAACGGAGUGUUGCAUUGUGCUGGGUUUGGUGUCAAAGUGGAUGCAGCUCUCAAGAUCGCAUGUAGGGGCCUCAUGAAGAGGCCUUGCCAUCGCUGGUGGUGUUCCUCAAUGGAACACUCACAAUCUGUAUUCAUUACAUGCCUUAACAAAAUAUCUAUCUAUGUAUAUCAUAAAC